UAGCGAUCUUGACCGUCGAUGUUCUAUCUUAGAGAUCUAAUGGUUAGGAAUUUAUGGCGGUACCACCCGGUCAAAGUAAUGCGUACCGUCGAUAUUUGACACGUGUCGGUAAUUUAGCUCCGGUUUGACAGAUAGACGAUACGAGAGAUUACCUGGAAACGCCGGUGGCCAACCAAAUACCGAACGAGACAAGCUUCUCUCUCUCUUUCUCUAUCUAUCUUUCUCUCUCAAAGAAAGCUUUUGGAAAUUGUCUUUCGUCAAAUUCUGUUCUUCUUCUUCAUUAAACUCAUAACUUUUUCUGGGUUUUUCGAGAAUUUCUUCGAAAGGAUCUUACGGUAAGAGAAAAGGAAAAUUAAGAGGGAAUAAGAAGAUUCAUCAUCAUUGUCAUCUGUGGGGAAUCUCAGAGCUUUUUUUUCUGUAGUUUUGUUAUCUUUCUGAAUUCUCUACCUGCUUCAAGAUUUCAUUUUUAUUCAUCGAUCUUUGGGGUUUAGUUUCAAAGCUGAAUUCUUUGAGGUUUCUGAAAUUUGCGAGCUGGGUUUUUGUUGAAAUAGGCUUCUGAGUUUUGGUUAUAUUUGUGGAUAAUCGAUUACUUGAUCUGACCUGAGAAAAAGUAGAAACCUUUGAGUAGAGCUGGUUCUAUUACAAAGUUGUGUUUGGGAGCUUGCUACAAGACCAUUGGAUUUCUUCACUUUCUUCAUUUGUUGAGUCUGCUACAAGAUCAAGGAUCUGUUGAUUUUGGGUAUUUGAUCAAAAUCUGAAAUUGAUCUUGUGGAAGUAAGGUUGCUGUAGUUGUCAAGGUCUUUGGUGAAGUUUGUUUCUCACAAAGUUUGAUCCUUGAAGUUGGUCUCUAUUGAUCUUAGAUCUAGUGUGAAUAAAGGAAGUCCUUGGAAAGCAGCAGACUUGAAAACGCUAUCACAAGAGGAAUUGCUUCCUGAAGAGACUGUCUGGAUUGCUGAUAGAUUUAUAUGAUUCAGAGAAGAACUCACCGAUGAGUAUGGAUUUUUCACCUUUGUUAACGGUUCUUGAGGGAGAUUUCAACAAGGAUAAUACUUCUUCUGCAACAGAAAUUGAUACUUUAGAGAACUUAGAUGACACUAGGCAGAUAAGUAAAGGAAAACCUCCGAGGCACCUCACAAGCAGUGCUACUAGGCUGCAGCUUGCAGCCAAUGCGGAUGUGGAUGUUUGUAACUUGGUUAUGAAGUCACUUGAUGACAAAUCAGAGUUUCUACCUGUAUACCGAUCAGGAAGUUGUGCUGAGCAAGGGGCAAAACAGUUCAUGGAAGAUGAACACAUUUGCAUCGAUGAUCUUGUUAAUCAUCUUGGUGCAGCUAUUCAAUGCUCUUCUCUUGGAGCCUUCUAUGGGGUAUUUGAUGGCCACGGUGGCACAGAUGCAGCACACUUUGUUAGAAAGAACAUUCUGAGAUUCAUUGUAGAGGACUCCUCCUUCCCACUAUGCGUAAAGAAAGCAAUUAAGAGUGCUUUCUUAAAAGCUGAUUAUGAAUUUGCAGAUGAUUCUUCUCUUGACAUCUCUUCUGGGACCACUGCGCUUACAGCUUUUAUUUUUGGACGGAGGUUGAUAAUUGCAAAUGCUGGUGAUUGCCGAGCAGUACUGGGGAGAAGAGGUAGGGCAAUUGAGUUGUCCAAAGAUCACAAACCAAACUGCACAGCCGAGAAAGUAAGAAUAGAAAAGUUAGGUGGAGUUGUGUAUGACGGUUACCUCAACGGGCAACUAUCAGUUGCACGUGCCAUUGGAGACUGGCACAUGAAAGGUCCCAAAGGCUCUGCUUGUCCGCUAAGCCCAGAGCCAGAGUUGCAAGAGACAGACCUGAGUGAAGACGACGAGUUCUUGAUAAUGGGAUGUGAUGGUCUGUGGGAUGUGAUGAGCAGCCAGUGCGCUGUGACAAUAGCUAGGAAGGAACUGAUGAUUCAUAAUGAUCCAGAGAGAUGCUCUAGAGAGCUUGUGAGGGAGGCCCUUAAACGGAAUACAUGUGACAAUUUGACAGUGAUUGUUGUGUGCUUCUCUCCGGAUCCUCCACAGAGGAUAGAGAUCCGAAUGCAGUCACGGGUGAGGCGGAGCAUAUCUGCGGAAGGGUUAAACCUACUCAAAGGCGUGCUCGAUGGCUAUCCGUGAGCAUGUUAUGUUGUACGUUACUUUGUGAGACUAUUGCCAAGUUAGAGAGAGUGUUUACAGGUUUAUUGACAUGUUGUGUUCUGAGUAUGUUGUUGUUACCAAUAUUAGUAGUAUUCAACAUCCAUUGAGAUUUUAGAUGGAUGCAUAUUAUCCCAUUGUAAAUAAUUUUUAACUUGUUCCACCAAAUUCCUUUCAUUAAAAAAUUUAUCAGAAUUUUAU